GUGCACGUGGUUAGCAUGUUAGCUUAAUGUCUGACCACAGCACGACUCAAAAUAUGCAACUGACGGAACUUAAGGUUGUUUUAAACCAUAAAAUAGACCAUUUAAAGUAUACCUUCUGAAGAGGGUCUGUUUCAGCAGAGCUGUUUCCACACGCCGGCCUCUUGGAGGCGUUGUAGCCGAGGUCCUCGCUGAUUCUGUCCCACAGAUACUGAGUGGACAGCGGUGCCUGGAGAACCACAGCAAACACGGACAGGAACAUAACAGGCUCCACGGACACAGGCAGCGGACAUGUAAAUGGUGGCCCCACUCGUCCGGUGGUCAGUGAGUCCUCUGUGCGGCCGAAGGAGGCCUUAGCGUCAUCCUCAUUCACGCCAGAAUUCGUGUCCUCGUCACCGGGAAGGAUAGCUGCGGUGUCCGGCUCGAACAUGACUUGACGCGGAACGAGUAAACACAAAAAAAAACUGUGAACUCGACUCACUUGCUGCUAACCGCUCUGUUAACACAUUACGACGACGCUAUUUGGUGCCAAUUUGUGUUUUUGAUGGUUAAAAGUCAGUGAAAAUCUUUCAAACGGCUUCAAUGCUGGACUCACUUCAACAGGAAGCAAAGCUGUCAGUGGCAGCCUGGCGACACCAACUGGACAAUUGGGAGAAUUACACCAAUAUGUCAGCCAUAACAUUUGAUACUAUGACAAGAUGGUACCAAGUUGGAUAUGAAUGCCAAAUGGUCAUCUAAAGGAAACACAAACUUGAAGGACGGUCCAAAUGAAUGACGUAAGUCCUUUGUCAGGCAGGCAUAUCCAUCCACCGUUUGACACCCCUGCACAACCUGAAGUGCGAAAGUAUGCUGGAGGCAAAAUGUGGCUUUGUGAUCAUCUUGAUGGCACUGUACUGGUGUACAGAGUGCAUCCCUCUGGCUGCGACGUCCCUGCUGCCAGUCAUUCUCUUCCCCAUGAUGAAGAUCAUGGAAUCAGAUGAGGUUUGUAUCCAGUACUUAAAGGACUCCAACAUGCUCUUCAUUGGUGGCUUGCUGGUAGCCAUCGCUGUGGAGCACUGGAAUCUGCACAAAAGGAUCGCCCUCCAGGUUCUGCUUCUUGUCGGGGUGAAACCUUCGCUCCUGAUGAUCGGCUUCAUGGGCACCACGGCUUUCCUGUCCAUGUGGAUCAGUAACACAGCCUCCACGGCCAUGAUGCUGCCCAUCGCCAACGCCGUGCUGCAGCAGCUCAACGAUUCUGAGGCGAACGCCGAAGAGAGAGCUCAGGAAUUCAAUGCCAAGGAUGGCCUGGAGAACCAGGGAUUUGAGAUGCAUCCUCGUUAUGAAUGCAAGGAACUCCAACUAAAGGGCGGCACCGUCAACACGGAUGUAGUCGACAUGGAUGAGGCAGAAAACGAUGUUUCCAAGGGUGGUGUGAGUAUCCCAGAGACAAUGGACCAGCGUAGAAUCAAGAGGGAGCAGAGGUACAUGAACCUGACCAAAGGCAUGAGUCUGAGUGUGUGUUACGCCGCAAGCAUCGGAGGCACAGCCACUCUCACCGGAACCACACCCAAUGUCAUCCUGAAGGGCCAGAUUGAUAAACUAUAUCCUGAUAAUGGUGGCAUCAUCAAUUUCGCCAGCUGGUUUGGCUUUGCAUUCCCCAACAUGAUUCUCAUGCUAGCAUUAGCUUGGCUUUGGCUGCAGCUGAUGUUUUUGGGCCUGAACUUCAGACAAUCAUUUGGAUGUGGAACUAAAAGUGCAGGUGACAAAGAGGCCUACCAGGUAAUCAAAGAUGAGUACAAAAAGUUGGGCAAGAUGAGCUUCGCUGAGGCCAGUGUGCUGGUUAUCUUCACGCUGCUGGUUCUUCUGUGGUUUACCAGGGAGCCUGGCUUCAUACCAGGCUGGGCCACUGUUCUCUUCAACCAAACCACAAUGUACGUAACAGAUGGCACCGUGGCCGUGUUAUUGUCAUCACUGUUCUUCUGCAUCCCCUCCAAAUUUCCCAGAUGGGGCAGCAGAUCUGAUGACGAGGAGCCCGAUGAAGCUCCAUCGCCACUGCUCACCUGGGAUAUCGUCCAUGAAAAGAUGCCUUGGGGCAUCAUCUUGCUCCUGGGAGGAGGCUUCGCUUUGGCCCACGGCAGCGAAGUGUCUGGACUAUCCAAAUGGUUGGGGGAGAGUCUCAUCCCGCUGCAGAGCAUCCCCCCCUUUGCCAUCUCCAUUGUGUUGUGUCUGCUGGUGGCCAUGUUCACUGAAUGUUCCAGCAACACUGCCACCGCCACUCUGUUUCUACCAAUACUCGGCGCCAUGGCCACAGCCAUUAAGAUCCAUCCUCUGUAUGUGAUGUUCCCCUGCGCCAUCGCCACCUCCCUGGCUUUCAUGCUGCCCGUAGCAACACCCCCUAAUGCUAUUGCUUUCUCCUAUGGCAACCUUAAAGUCAUGGACAUGGCCAAGGCUGGAUUUAUCCUCAACUUGCUUGGAGUCGUCACCAUCAACAUUGGUAUUAACACAUGGGGCGUGGCCAUGUUCCAGCUCAACACAUUCCCCAGUUGGGCAAAUGUUACAAAAAAUCCUUAAAUACGACCACCGAGAACAAAACCACACCAGCGAAUAGAUGAUCGAUAUGUGAUCAAUAGAACUUAUUGAAGACAGCGGCCACUCAAAGCCAAAUGGACAUGCUGGCCUGUCAACACUGAAGCUCCGUUUUCAAACGUUUUUCACUCAAAUGAGCUCAAUUCAUUGGAUCUGCAGGUCAUAACUUGAUGCUACUAAAGUCUUCAAUAAAAUGUAAGUAGAGUAUUCCGACCACACGUUGAUGCAACCUUCCCGAGCUCCUUCUGCACAACCUAAUGAGAUCCAAUACGAUAAGAACAGUCGGGGAAAAAAAGUUGUGUUUUACCAAAAAUAUGAUUGACCAGUAUGUUUAUUAUUGUGCUUUCUGUGUUGGGACCCUGCACUGUCAUGCUAACAGGUCUUAUAUUUUGGUUAGUUUUCAUGUGAGGGUCGUAAUGUUAGAAAAUUUUUUGCAAACCGAUAAUGUUUUUCCUCUCAAGGCCGACACCCAUACGAUAACUGAUAACUUAUUUAUAGCUUUUCAUUUGACUUAUUUAUCGCUCACAUUUUUUUUAAAAGGUCGAUUUAACUGUAAUUUCUGCACACCUGGAAGUAAGAAAGUCAAAGGUGGAUUAGAUCAAAUUUACUAGUAGAUUUGUCCUACCCAACUAUGACAUGAACCAAAUACAAAAGUAACAAAAGUAAUAAUGUUUCUAGAAAUUUGUGUUUUUUUUUUAUUUUUAUCACAUUUUUUCAAAAUUAGUAAAUGAUUUUAUGAUGGACUGUGGUCCAUUAUUAAUCCAAACUUAUUGAAAUACAAGGGAUAUGUAGCAUUCUGGCCACUAGGUGGCAGUAAUGACAUUACCUGACAUCACAUUACCUUAACAUCACAUGAAGUCAUAAAGUCAGCCAUGGCAUGUCCGACACGCGACAGAGUGGAAAAGUGCUCCUCCCAUCUUGUGUGGAAGUGGUAAGUGUUUGACAAGAAUUAAAUUUGAUGGUAGCUCGCUAGCUAGCGGCUGUCUCAAGUCCCUGCAGCAUAAGAGUUGCGCAGCAUGAUGUAAACAAUGUAUAAUAGGAGUGUAAAGGUGUCUAUAGGGAUGUUAUUUAAUGUCUGCAGAGCUCUAAUAAUGUUAAAAACAGUUAGAAAGUCAUAAAAAGGUUUUCUGUGUCUCAUUUAUCAACAUUGAAUCCUGUAUUACGGGAAUUCAUUUAUGGCGGUCAGGUCUGGAACCAAUUAACCGCUAUAAACGAGGGACGACUGUAGUUCGAAGUCCUUAUCCAGACAGCAAGGUGGCUGAUCAAUGCCAUGAUUGUUUAUACUGUUAAUGAGCCCAAAGGAGCGCUUGAUUUGCUCACAUUAACCCAGCAACACACAACACAGUAUGGGUAAUCUCGCCUAAUUGGGAAGUUAUUGGAGCUACUUGUAAUAUUAUUUAUUGGAAUGAUGUCAUAAUUUCUCUCACAAUACAGUAGAGUAUUAUGUUUAUUAUUGUUGGUGAUUAUGGGAUGUCUAAUAAUGUUAAAUGGCGUAUUUAGAAUGUUUUCAACAUGUUUUUGAUGCAGUGAUAAACGAGUGAUAAACGAGGGUUUACUGUAUGUAUGUUCCAUAAGCUACGGAGACCCUCAACUUGACUGUAUGGGACAAUAUACACAAUUGCUAUUUUGAGGCUGUGGUCCUGACUAAGUUGAUUGUAACAUGUUUUGUUUGCAUGUCUGUUAUGUUUCCAAGACAAUAAAUAUUUGUUGUA